AUGCUUCUGCAACGAACGUUCAGUUUUCUUUUUUUAACACUUGCAUUCAAACAGAAUAGUGACAAGCUGUCUCACCUUCGGCACAAAUUUUCCUCACUAGACAGCACUGGCGGUGAUGACGGUGUGCGCCGGAGAAAGAGGAAAGGAAACUUCGAAUCCAUAGCUGUUACUGCCGUUACCGUCAUAUAUGUGAAAUUCAGAUUUCGCCGAAAAAUGACAAACAAAUCUCCACGGCAUGUUAUUUCCUCAAGUACAUCGAGUGAUGCACCAGAUUCACCAGCAUUGAACACUUCAAUAGCCAAUGAAAACGAUACGACUUUAAUAGCAAACAAGUUCAGUAACAUUACUUUAGCAGAGCGUGAAGAACGUCAGAAAGCACUUGAUCGUCUGGAAAUUCUUAAAACAGUAGGAACCGGUUCCUAUGGACGAGUUUUAGUUGCUCAAGAUCGUGAAUCUUCCGUAUAUUAUGCAUUGAAAAUAUUUUCAAUUACUCAUGUCGUUCAAUCUCGUCAAGUCGAACAUGUCAAAAGCGAAAAAGAGAUUUUAUCAGGUAUCAAUCAUCCGUUUAUCAUCUGUUUACAUUGGACACAUCAUUCGGAUCAAUUUCUAUACAUGCUACUUGACUAUGUACCUGGCGGUGAAUUGUUUACAUACAUGAGAAAGAGAGGUACAUUCGAUUUGAAAUCAUCAUUGUUUUACAUUAGUGAAAUCACGUUGGCAUUUGAAUAUUUACAUUCACUACAAAUCGUCUAUCGUGAUUUGAAGCCGGAAAACAUUCUUCUCGAUGCAGAAGGUCAUGUUAAACUUGUCGAUUUUGGAUUCGCAAAGAAGAUCUUAAAUAAAACCUUCACAACAUGUGGUACACCAGAUUAUCUCAGUCCGGAAUUAUUCAAAGGCACUGGACAUCACAAGAGUACGGACUGGUGGAGUUUAGGUAUUCUUCUAUUCGAAAUGCUCACUGGCUAUACACCAUUUAAUCCGAAUCAAAAUGAAAUCGAAAUUCCCAGUCGUGUCUUGGCUGGUCGAAUCUCAUGGCCGCGUACUAUCGACGAUGUAACAAAAUCCUUCAUUAAGAAGUUAUUAAUACAAAAUGCUGACAAACGUCUUGGUGCUGGUAAGAAUGGUUCACGCGAAGUCAAAGAACAAGCAAUAUUUUCUUCCAUCAAAUGGGACGAUGUAUAUGCACGAAAACUCAAACCGCCUAUAGUGCCUCCUCUAGAACAUCCAGGUGACACGUCUUGUUUCGAUGAAUACAAAGAAGAUUGGCGCUCGGUACCAUUCGCAUCGGAUAAAGACCUUGAUUUAUUUGCCGAUUUCUAG